CGGUACGGGUUUUAUCCAUAUCAAUUCGCGAAUAAAAAUGGCUGCGCCCACAAGGAAAACUGUUGAAUUAUUUUAUGAUGUAGUUUCCCCUUACUCAUGGUUUGCUUUCGAGGUGCUUUGCAGGUAUAAGAAUGUAUGGAACAUAGAAUUAAAGCUGAAACCAUUUUUCCUGGGAGGAAUAAUGAAUGAAGCAAGUAACAGACCCCCAGCUAUGGUACCAAACAAAGGAAAGUACAUGUUUAAAGAAAUGCAGCUACUAGCAAAGUAUUAUAAUGUACCAUUGGUCCCACCAAAAGAUCCAGCUGAAGUUAUGUUUAACAAAGGUUCCUUGUCAGCCCAGAGGUUUAUUACAGCUGUUGAUUUAAUGGACAGUUCUAAAGUAGAGCCUUUAUCUAGGGAGCUGUGGAUGAGAAUCUGGAGUCGGGAUGAAGAUAUAGUAGAUCCUGACAGCUUACAACAGGCUGGACAAAAGGCUGGUUUGGGUGACGAGCAAGUGAAAUCCUGUCUUCAAAAAAUGAAGGAUCAAGCUGUUAAAGAAAGAUUAAAACAAUAUACAAGUGAAGCUCUAGAGUACGAGGCAUUUGGGUCACCUACAAUAAUUGCUCAUGUUAAGAAGCCAGUGAUGUUGUUUGGAUCAGAUAGAUUCCCAAUCCUUGCCCAAGUAUUAAAUGAGAAAUGGGAUGGGCCAAUACCAGGAAGCAAACUGUGAUAAUUUUAUAUUUUUAUAAAGAUAUAUUAUUCUUUUGUUAUGUUUUGCUAGUACAUGUAAUGUA